AUGACGCAGAAGAAAGCAAAACAAGCCGAUGUGUCGGAUGAUGCUGUCAAUGAUGAAACCACCUUGAUCCUCGACUACCUUCGAAAACAGACAGUCUAUCAUGCUCUUCAAGAGGCGUCUGAUGAAGCUUCAAAGGAGGCAGCAGCAGCUAUUGAUGAGAAGAUCCAGCAGCUACAGAACCAGCUGGUCAGCCUGAAAACCAGCGAAAAGGAAGCGCGCAUAGAGCUUGCAGCCCUUUCCGCGAAGCCUCUGCUCUCCGAUCUUCGACACAGCGUCGACCAACUAGUGCAAGAGACUCAGAUUAUCCUUGGCCGCCUCGAAAAGAUUGAGCGAAAGGAUUCUGUCGAUGUGUCCCCUGAGGAGAAAGCAGAGUUAGCAAAGGAAUGGAAGCGCUGGAACCAGAUAGCAACUGUCCGUAAGGGGAUAUUUCGGGACCUGUGGAACCCUGCUGACCCUAUUGAGCAGGAGUCCCUGGGCCUUGAAGGAUCUCCGACCAACUGA